AUGCCAUGAUCUCAAGUAACAGGAUGGGAAUAACUUCAAGGCGAGGAACGGAGGAUAUCCUGCAGCCUUCUCAGAGGGACAGCUUCGACCAGCUGACAAGGAUGCAAUCGACUACGGACGUUUCCUUUAAGAACAUGCUGAAGGAUCGGUCUUAUACAUUGGGCAAUAUUGGCAUCCCAUCCCAUCUCAUCCAUGUGCACCACUGGCCAGCCUAUACCACUCACAUAUCACCCAUGGUUAAGAAGUUUAUUGAGCAAGACAAAUCAAGAAUUGCCACAUUCCUGGAAACAACUCAUCUGAGCAGUCUAGCACAGCACCACAAGGAGACCAGCCAAGACCUACAAAAGAAGCCUAGCCCUGGUUCUGAGGAAGCAGAGGCAGCUGAACCAAGCCCAGCAGGGUCACAAUUUAGUGCCACUGUUAGCUUUUGCUGGGCUCAAAAGGACUCCCUAGGCAAUUAUGGUGGCCUAGGGGUGCCAGGGAGCUUUUUGCCUUUGGGACCCGCCGCUACAGGUAACUUGGUCAUUUUUGCCAAGAAAAAAAACCCUUUACGUGUGCUGCCAAUGAAGCUGCCAGAUGUUUCCCAGAGGAGAAAGAACAAAGGGUCAUGCUACACUAAAUUUCUUAACUAA